CGUAAAUCCACAAGCACGCGCACAGAACACACCCUACAACUUACCAACACCAACUAGCCUGUAUCAUUAACCACUGACCGAAUAUCAUGGCUUCAUCACAGUUUCGGCACGGGCAUGCUGCCAUCGGCGUCAUCAUCAGCAAUAUGGACUCCUACCUGCCACCAGAUACCAUCGAUCGUCCUGGUUACAAGCACUGUCGGACCACAUAUGGAUUGCUAACCACUACCUACAAACAAGCCGAGCAUUCAGAGGCACCAGAGAAGGUCUAUAAGGAGCUACAGAAACUCGAGCAUGAACUCCGCCGCCGCCUCAACAACCUGAGUGCCGCCAAGGGCGUUCCGGCCAAGAUGACCGGAUACUUGGAUGAGCUCAAGGCUGCUUUGGAUCACGCCAUGUCUGAGGGUGUGGACACAGACUUCCUAAUCCAAGGUGUGGAGGACAUUCUGGAGGAGAAACCGGAGGCCCAGGCAGCGCCAAAGCCGCAGCGCGUCCUCAUGGUGCCCAACACAAAGUACAAGAAGGUCAAGGCCGAGCUUGCGGAGGCAAAAAAGAAGAUUCAGAAGCUGAACGAGGAGAACAACUCUCUGAUACUUUACAUCAGGCAGUUGGAGGCCGAGCGUGCACACCGUGGAGCGUGAGUUCGACAGACACGAGACCUUGCGUCUCCGCUGACUCAUCGGAUGAAGAAACCAUGAGGCGACAAAAGUAUCGUACGAAGACUGCAAAGUCUACGACUCGGACUGGAUUACGGCGGCAUUUGCGGCGUGAGCUCGUGUGGGUGAGCCCAGUGUGAGAACCUAAGCCUCCAUCGAUCAGACCAGAAGAAUCAUUAUGAUUGCAGUGAGU